AUGAAUUUUCCGGAAAAGUUCAAACUUCUGGAGAAAGAAGCGGGAUAUCCGUCGCCGGAAGUAGUCCCCGUCUCUGUCUCUGUCUCUGUCUCUGUCUCCUGGACCGAGACCUCAGACACCGUCUCUCGCCGCUUUGAAUUUCAUCCCGACGGCCAACUCUCCGUGAAGGUGCUGAAUGAUUCAAGACCAGUUAUCCACAAAAUCUCCGAGUCUCUUGUCAAUACUUUUCUCCCUUCGGGUUAUCCAUAUAGUGUCAAUGAAGGGUAUCUUAGAUACACACAAUUUCGAGCAUUACAACACUUCUCCAGUUCAGCAUUAUCUGUCUUAUCAACUCAGUCACUGUUAUACGCUGCAGGAUUAAGACCUACACCAGCACAAGCAACCGCAGCCAGUUGGAUACUUAAGGAUGGUAUGCAACAUGUGGGAAAGCUAAUGUGCAGCAAGUUAGGUGCAAGAAUGGAUUCUGAGCCCAAACGGUGGCGAAUCUUUGCUGAUAUGUUAUACGACUUUGGCACUGGUUUGGAAGUUCUUUCUCCAUUAUGUCCACAACUGUUUCUUGAAAUGGCUGGACUUGGGAAUUUUGCAAAGGGAAUGGCCAUAGUUGCUGCAAGGGCAACAAGAUUGACAAUUUAUUCUGCAUUUGCAAAAGAGGGAAAUCUUAGUGACUUAUAUGCAAAAGGAGAGGCGAUUUCUACUGUGUUUAAUGUUCUUGGAUUGGGUGCAGGGAUUCAGUUAGUUUCUACAGUUUGUUCAUCAAUGCAAGGAAAGAUGGUUGUUGGGUCUUUCCUUUCUCUAAUACACGUUUACAGUACAUGUGAAGAAAUGCGAACUGCUCCUAUCAACACAUUAAAUCCACAGAGAACUGCAAUGAUCAUUGAAGAUUUCAUAAAGACAGGAAAGGUGUCAAGUCCUGCAGACUUGAGGAACAGGGAAGAUCUUGUGUAUCCAAGGAGAUUGAUAAAAGAAGCUGGAAAUGUGAAAGUGGGGAGAGAUUUGCAUAAGGCUAUGAAGCCUUCAAGACUUAAACAAGUGAAAGAGAUUUUUCCAGAUGAGAAAUUUGUUUUGAGUUUUGAAAACAGGUGGACGGAUAUGGUGUUGGAGCAAAAUGCGAGUGGUGAAGAUGCAUUAAGAGGGUGGUUGGUGGCGGCAUAUGCAAAUCAGGAGGUUGAAAAGUUGGAAGAUGCGUAUGAAAAGAUGAAUAUGAUGAUGCCUGAAUUGGUGUCUCAACUAAAGGCAAAAGGGUGGCAUACAGACCGUUUUUUAGAUGGAACAGACAUUACCGGCGUCGAUACCUCCACCAAGAGGCUUAGCGAAAACCCUCUAUGGAAUUGCACCGGAAUCGCUGCAAUCUCUGUUACGAAGAUGCUCAAAAUCCGAUAUGUGUGUGUCUCUCCCUCUCUAUCUCACUCAUGGCCGGUAUGCCUCCCCAGUGAAUCGAGCACUAGAUACACCAUUGUUUACCCCCUCCUUCCCAACCACCGCCUGUCUGAGAACCAAAUCAAGAACCAUCUACAAAUUUGUACUGGAUCGUCGGUAGCAACACACGAAGGGGAGGGGGAGCAAAGCAGUCGCCGAUCAAGGGUUUAUUUUUGGAUCUGUUAUGGACGGAAGAAAGGAGCGAAGAAGAAAGAGAGGCGGCUGUUGGUGGCUAUUGUCGCCGUCAAUGGUGGCGAGAGGGCAUGCUCUGGCUGCUCCUCGUUGUUUCUUUUUUUUUCUGAUCCGACAGAAAAUGCGACAGACAAGGGGUCAGGACGGAACAACGAUCUUUAA